CAUUCUACGAUAUAGCGAUCCUAACCGAGGAGGAAGGCAAGUCGGCAUUUAGUCACCAUCUGGACUCUUUGAAGAAAUCGAGCUUCUUCGGAAACAAGUUCAGUAAGGCCUCCUGUCUUAUCUGCUUAGCUAGGCAAUUUUGCACCGUCUUAACAUGCGGGCACGGUGUGUGUGAGCGGUGCGUUCGGGCCAUAGGCCCCGUUUACGAACCAUGCCGAUUUGAGAUCCCUCGUUGCCCCCUUUGCCAAGCCAUCAAUACGCGCAUGGUAUUCCUCCGACCGCCGACGGCUGCUAGACGAACUCUUAUCCUAGAUGUCCCUAUAUCCAACAAGAUCUUGCUUGGCUAUUUUUUUAAAGGACUUGCAAUCUUGUAUUGGAUUGGCUUCAGUUCCUUUGCGCGACUACUUUGAGACGAUUUACGGCCAAGGGGUUGGAGCCUAUUACGCCCUUGGAAUGUACUUGCGUAGCUGGAGCGUGCUCCAGUAUGAAAGGCGCGAGGAAUGUUGAAGGCAUACGUGCUAAAGGAGGAUACUUCAAAAAGCCUGAACGUGUGGUAUUUGGUAGAGACGAGUGGUGCGUCGAGGAAAUUCAAUCGCACGUCGGAGCAUCGGUCAAUAUACAGCACAAGGGGAAGCGUUAUUCCAAUACUAUCACUCAAUAUUACAAAGAACGCUCUCCUCAGAACCUUACAGUCCAGUACAAUGGAGAAAUGUACGGCAAUGAAUAUUUACAAGCUAUUGCUAAUCAAAUAGUUGGGACCCUGUUUUAUAUCGAAUUAACCGAACUGCCAAGGUGUUACUCGUCUACUAUUCGCGUACGUCUCAUGUGCUGCGUUCCUUCGGGGCCAGCUUGCGUCAGUCUACAAAAAAAGCUGGAGGGAGCUGAAAUUCGGUACAGAUGCGAUACUGACCGGUACAGCACACGUCGAUUGCGUACGGACUCAAGGAAUAAUACAGGAUUUCCACCAUCGACGUUCGAUGUCCACAUUGUUUCUUUGGACUCGACGAUUGAUGUAGUCCUAAGGAAAGGCUCAUCAGUCUUUGCAGUCACUCAAUCUCCUUACCGGGUUAGGGACCUAAUUCGAGAUCAAGGCAUCGAUAACCUUUGGCACCCAAACUACCAAGACCCUCAGGAAUCGAAUAUAGACUGGUUUGAAGAGGAUUGGGAUCAAAGCGAGCUGCAUUUAGGAAAUGAACUGACUGCUCUUUGUAAAACGAUGAAGCAGGUGGCACACCACGAAGUAGUACAUCACGAAAUAGUACAUCACGAAGCACAACCCGAUAGAGUGGUUAUAGACUAUAUAUAAGCGUUUAAAUUGAAAUCAGA